AUGGAUUAAUAAACAUAGCCUGUGUAAAUUUCUUUUGGUGAAUAAAAUUGCAGAUGUGUUUCAAAUAUUGUAAUCAACAAGAGACACAUAUUCGCUGUUGGAACUUGGAAUGCUAAGAAAAAUAAUGAAAUUUAUGUGAAUGAAUAUUUAGAAUUGGAAUAAAAGAUAGUACAAUUACAUAAAAUACCAAUUAAUGGAAUGAUUGAGAAGAUCAUAGCAAAAAAGGAGUAAUUAUAUGUUAUCUACAUUGAUCCAUAACAAAAAAAGACAAAGCUUUGUUGCAUCGAAUUAGCUGAAAAUGGAAGAUAUCAAGUAAAUUUCGAUUUAUUGUAUGAAGGAUUAACAAAUGUCAUUUGUCCAGAAGAUGAAUCAAAUAUCUAUUUGAGUUCCAAUAAAUCGAUUAUUCAAUUUGAUUUGAAUAAAUUAUCAUUUGACAAUAUCAUUGAUGACAAUGAUCUCUAUAAUUUAUGCGAAUAAGACCCACAUCAUAAGAAUUUAUUUGUUAGAUCCUAAAACAAUUAUCUAUGCAUUUAAGACACCAGAGAAAAAAAAGUAAACAAAUUCAAAGCACACAGCCUUUAAAUAUUAGAUAUAGAUUUCAAUCCAAAUAAAUAAUACUAUCUCAUAACUGGUGGUGAGGAUUGUUUAGCCAAAGUUUGGGAUAUUCGUAAAACCUAAUAUGCAAUUAAAUCAUUUGAAGACUUGUAGAAUUCAGUCUUAUAAGCAAAAUUUAAUAAAUUUCAUGACUAAUUGGUUUCAUUAUCGUUUGAUGAUGGCACUAUUUCAUUAUAUAAUAUUACAUCUGUUUCCUCUGUUCCUUAAUUGAAUAAGGAAGACGACUAUUUGGUUAAAUAGUAUGAUGAACACGAAGACUCUAUUUAUGGGUUAAGUUGGUCAAGAGGAACUGCCUGGGUUUUGGCAUCCAUUGGUUAUAGUGGUCACAUGAUAAUAAAUACAGUUCCAACAACCGAGAAAUAUAAAAUAUUAUUGUGAAAAUUGUGUUUCAUAUAUACCUAUAUAUAAAUU